GGGGCGCCCCAGGGUCCUCCAAAGGAGGAGAAAACACCGUCUCAAGUUUGCGCAGAGCUCCCUCGUCCCCAUUGCGACCUGUACCCCGAAGCUCCUGAAGUCACCCCAUCUUUCAAGCACCCCUGCGACCCCCGCCCCCUUCAGGACCCCCCGCCACCCGCAGCUCCCCUGCUCCCCGAAAAUCUCUGACUCCUCGACGGCCCCCGGCCCGCCCGCGCCAUGGCCCGCUCCUACAGCGACCGGGUGCUGGCCGCGCUGAUCCUGCUGGGCGUCCCGGCGGCCGUCCUGGCGGCGCUGGGCGCGCAGCUGCUGUUCCAGCUGCAGGCGGGCCGCGCGGAGCUGCGGGGGACGCGAGCUGACGGGCUGGGUCCGGAGCUGGGCGCGGGCCCGGGGCUGCCCGAGGACGCGGCCGGGGCGCUGCUGCCGCUGGCCGCCGCGCUCGCCGCGCUGGCCCUGGUGCUGAGCCUCACCUGCCUGCUGCUCGCCGCGCUCUGCGGCCACCUGGGCGCCGAGCUGGCCAGGGGGCCCGGCCCCGGCAGGUCUGACUGGUUUUUCUAUGACUGCCGCCUCCUCAGACAUGUGGCCGUGGGCCUCUUCUGCUGUGGGGUCUCCGUCUACUUAGCAGGACUGUCCAUCUAUGCUCUGCUGCUCUUCGAGAUCGAGGCGGGAGCAGCAGCCGCCUCCAUCCUUGGCUUGGGCGCCCUGGCCCUGGUGGCCGUACUGACCCACGCGCUGCUCCGGGCUGCCCAAGCCACCCGCCGGGGUCUCCGUGAGCUCUCUCCACCGCACUUCGAAGAUGACCCUGCCCGCUCCACUGAAGUCUCCAAGGCCAGCCCCAGGGCUCCGCCCCAGCAGGAUGAGGAAACCGAGGCCCAGAGAGGGGCAGUGACUCACCACGGGUCCCCCGGCCAGUACUGAGCAUCAGAGCCAGGUCCUGUAACCCCCAUGCUGCUGACAGUGCAAGUCUCUGCGACUCCUUCCAGUCUGUGAGCAUUUGAAACCUGUGUGUGCAGAGCUCAGAGAAGCCCAGGGCCACACGGCCCUGAAGGGCUGCACCCAGACUCCUGGCUGUGGGUCCGUGGUGAGGCUCACCACUCCGUGUCUCAGUUUCCUUGUCUGUAACGUGGGGACAAAUCGAUCCCUCUGCCUAGGGCUCCCGUGAGACUCCGUGUAAGCCAUUCCGGGGGCCUGUGCACAGUAGGUUGUCAAUGUGUGGCAGCCGGUGCUGCUGUCAGUCGGGCGCCUGGUGGCUGAGAAAGAUGGGUUGAUGGCCAGUUUCUGGGGCUCAUGGAACUGGCAGGGCUUGGAGUGGAUAACUCAGAGUCCCAGGGGUCUCCAGAGGCCCUGGCCCCACUCCCAUCCUGCAAAUAAACUCUGGCCCGCACUAUCUCCACGUCACUUGAGCCACACCUGAAUGUGCUUGUGGCCAAGCCCGGGCUUGGGGUAAGGAGUGGGGUGGCAGGAGUGAGGGUAGGGAGGGCAGGAAUGGGAGACGGGGUUUGCCCUGGGAACUGUCUCCCACAAAUCUUCAAACAUACAAAUUUCACCAGGAGUGGGGGUGGUCUGACCCCCCACCCCUACCCAAAUGUGCAGAUGUCCCAGGAAUUUUCCAGCCUGUCCCUUCCUGAGCCAUGUGAGGACUCCCGGGCCCAAGGAGCAGAGGAGGCUCAGCCACAGCAAAGGAAACCCCCACAGGACUCUUCCCAAUGGGCAGAGAAGGGGCAGCACCCAGCAGGACGGCUGAUCCCCAAGCCUGGCCCUGGGUAGGGACCCAGCUGACCACAGACCUGGGUGUCCCACCAGCCUUGGCCCUCUCCUCCCUGGUCCCUGGGAAGCUGCACAGACUUCCUCCGCACCGUGGCGUGGCGUCAGGAGACCGUGUACGUGAGCAUGCCCAGUGAGCGUGGGCUCUUGGGGAGCAUGAUGGAUAUCAACAAAGAGGAUAAAAUGAGAAUAAAUGUUAUGG